AUGAGUGUCAACAAUCAACUCCCAGAGUGGUUUCUCAACCGCAACAUCACCUUGACAGCAAACCUCGAUGAGAUACAUACUAAAAUCGAGAUUGUUGACACCGCCGGAGCGAAAGAUAUAAAGCCUCUGAAUAAAGCUGGCAACGACCAAGCCGAAAAACAGCCUCAAGGCCCUACGAAAUGCCAGGUAUCCUCUGAUACCUUCUCCAUGUUACGCGACAUCCUGGCGUCAGCCUUUGCCCGAAACUCCGAGGGUCGCUUAGACCCAAAACAGUCCUUUGUCAUCCUCGAGGGUGGGCCUAAGGCGGCGCCUAUCGACUUUCUCGACGAACUCGUCAAGGCCCUGGCAAAAGAGAUCGGCACGUCCCUGAUAUCGUAUGAUUACGAAGAUCUCGAAGACUUGGCCCUCGAGUUUAGUCUACAAAGCCCCGCUGACCCUUCGAAAAGCAAACCUGAUAAGAGAAUGGACAAGAAGAUGGAUUGGGAUCCUCCCAUGGCUAAGCACUGGUUCUCUUCAUCUUCCGAAUUUGACACCGACGCGAAGAAAGAAGUCUGGGAGAGAACGCAAAGGAGCUACUCAACGAUCCUUGACGCUGUUUCAAAUAAUCAAGCCGCAGUCGUCCCGGAAAAUGGAGACGCAACAGAAACAACACGAGAUGAACAACCUGACUCGACUGGCCCAGUUUUAGUCCACAUCCGCGAAGCCGCAACCAUGUUGGCCUUGGGAAACGGGUACCGUUUUCUAGGUCGAUUAUGCGAUUGCAUCCAACAGCGACGAGAAAAAGGCCAGACCAUUGCGGUUGUCCUGACCAUCCCAGCACAGAACGUGCUAGACUGCUUGUGCCAGCAGUGUGUCGACGGGGAUCACAUCAACUGGAAGCCUGUUUAUAACAACACUUGCGCGACCAUGCUUUCCAAUCACUUUGUAAACCCGAUCAAUGUCGGCUCGAUCAACUUCAAACACACGGAUUACAUGGCUUCGGUAAACAUUCGCAGACUGAAGCGCACCUUGAGACAGACCAUGUCCCAUGUGUUUGACCCUAAGAUUCUUCAUCCACACGCGGACUGGAAGCAGCUGGUGUGCAAAGAACCUGGGCAAUGCUUUGGUGAUGAACAAUGGAUCUGGGAGAAGAUUCAUGGAGCAUUCCUACAAUUACACGGUCGCUCUUUUGGCAAAGAGAAACUAGAAGCAGCCGAUAUCCUGGUUGUACUAUCAAGAUUAGGUCUUCACAAGCAUGAGAAGCCAGUGAAGAAGAUCAACCCAGCGCCCCCGGAAGGCGUUGGGGGGGACCUUGACAGCGAGGAGCCAGUCAAGGAUAUAAAACAGACCUGGAAGGACAAGAUGACAGCCCUUCGCCAAGAUUGUAACCCGGCGGAGCAGAAUCUGGUGGAUUGCGUCAUUAAUCCGGACGAUAUCCGGUCGAGUUAUUCACAAGUAAUCAUCGACAACGAGCUCAAGGAGACAGUCUUGCAUCUGGUAUCCUCAGCAUAUCUUGCGCCCUCGACGCCUUCCACCUCGCUCCUCAGUCAGGCUCGUAUCAAGGGCAUACUCCUCUACGGGCCUCCAGGAACGGGAAAGACGCAUCUAACGCGAUCAAUCGCCAAAGAGUCUGGAGCAUCCAUGCUUUGCGUUGACGGCGCCACCUUACUGUCCAAAUACGUCGGCGAGAUUGAAAAGAACAUCAAGGCAGCAUUCACCUUGGCCUCGAAACUGUAUCCUUGUGUCCUCUUCAUUGACGAAGUGGACUCUCUAUUCUACGAUCGUGGAAUGGCCAGAAGAACUUGGGAGCGUGGCACAGUGACGCAAUUUCUCUCACAGAUGGAUGGGCUAGCACAGAACGACAAAGCGCCGUGUGUUAUUGUUGCUACGAAUCGCCCUGAUACACUAGACAAGGCUUUCUUGCGUCGACUACCACAGAAGAUCCCGAUCGGUCUUCCUGAUACGAAAUCGCGCUCCAAGAUACUCGGGGUGCUUCUCGAAGGCGAAGAGCUGGAGCCUUUGGUCGAGAUUGACUCUUUGGCUCGGGAGACAGAGGGGUACUCGGGAUCUGACUUGCGCAGUCUGUGUGCAGAGGCGGCACUCGUCUGGGCUAUUGAGAACAGUAAGAAAAGAGAUAAGAAUGGCUCAUCUGAUGAACCGGACAAGAUGCGUCUUGGGCUCACGCACUUUGCCAAGGCCCUUCAGAGGAUCCAGCCGAGCGUUUCGAAGAAGGACCUGUUGGAGCUUGAGUCCUUUACAAAGAGAUUCAAUCCACAAGCAGUUCGAUAA